AUGUCUUCCAGCAGAGAGAAACCUAAGGCUGCUUCCCAGCCUGAUGGAAAAGCAGCUCAGACCAAGAAGACAGAGACGGGCAUGAUGUCCUACAAGGUGACAGUGUUUGAACAGGAGCAUUUCCAGGGUAAAUGUCAGGAGUUCACACAGGAGUGCUGUAACAUCCACAACUGUGGCUUCGACAACAUCCGCUCCAUCAGAGUCGAGAGUGGAGCCUGGGUGGGCUAUGAGCACCAUGACUUUGAGGGGCAGCAGUUCAUUCUGGAGAGGGGAGAGUACCCCCAGUGGGAUGCCUUCAGCGGUAGCCUGGGUUAUCAUGUCGAGAGGAUGAUGUCAUUUCGACCCAUCUGCUGUGCUUCUCAUCAGCACAGUCGAAUGAUGAUCUUUGAGAAGGAAAACUUCCUGGGCCGCACCGUGGAGCUGUGCGAUGACUACCCCUCCCUGCAGGCCAUGGGCUGGUGCGGUGUGGAGGUGGGCUCCAUGCAUGUGCAGAGCGGAGCAUUUGUAUGUUAUGAGUAUCCAGGGUACAAAGGACAGCAGUACAUUAUGGAGUGUGAACGACACAGCGGAGACUACCAGCACUGGAGAAACUGGGGUUCACACUGUCAGACACCCAAAAUCCAGUCCAUAAGACGCAUCCAGCAUUAA